AUGGCACUACAUCGUUUCAACCUUCUCGAACGAAGGCUCGAACGCAAUCCUGAAUUAAAAGUAGACUAUCACAAGUUUAUGGCAGAAUACCUCUCUCUUGGACAUAUGCGACGCGUUCCGAUAGACGGCGAAAAAUAUUCCGGAUCAUACUACCUUCCGCAUCAUCCGGUGCUGAAAGAAGCGAGCACCACGACGAAAAUUAGAGUCGUCUUCGACGGCUCGGUCAAGAACUUUACAGGAUACUCCCUUAUCGAUGCGCUCUUAGUAGGUCCUGUAGUGCAGGACGAUCUAUUAUCAAUAAUACUUCGAUUCCGUACAUUUCUGGUCGGUGACAUCGCCAAGAUGUACCGGCAGGUUUUGAUCCAUCCGAACGAUACAUCCUUACAAAGAAUUUUGUGGCGAUUUGAUGCAGCGGACCCAAUAGAAACCUACGAACUAUUGACGGUCACAUAUGGCUUAAGUCCUUCUUCAUUUCUUGCUACCCGCACACUGCAGCAAUUGGCUGUUGAUGAGGGCAGAGAAUAUUCACUUGGUGCGCCCGCUCUACAACAAAACUUUUAUGUAGACGACUUUAUUGGUGGAGCGCAAUCAGUCGAAGAAGCCGUUCAACUGAGAACAGAAUUAAGUGAGCUCCUCGCGAAAGGAUGUUUUGAGCUUCGAAAGUGGGCGUCCAAUCAGCUAUCCGUUCUUUCAGGUUUGACGUCAGAACAGAUAGGAACGCAAUCUGCGAUUAAAUUUAAUGAUAAUGAAAUGGUAAAAGCCCUUGGAAUCACCUGGGAACCUGAGACGGAUAACCUACGAUUCGAUUCAAAGAUAUUCCAGCGAAACAGUCCUCCGACCAAACGAUCCAUUCUGUCUUGA